AUGGAUCCAGUAACAUUAGAAAGUGCUUUAGAGAAAAAAUGCAAAAACCAUCUCUGGCUCGUAUGGUUGUUCUUUCUAACAAGUACUCCAGGAAUUUUCAAUUCGAUGCAUAUAACGUCUUAUGUUUUUCUUGGAGGGGACCCUUCAUUUUCUUGCGAUAUUCCAGAGCUAGUUGAAUCCAACUGGACAAUGGAACAAAUCAUUGAAAUUAGUAGCCCAGGAAUGAACAAACAAAGCUGUGUGAAAUAUGACUGGAAUUACACUUUAUUAAGUGAAAUGGGCUUUGAUCAAGCUCGCCAUUAUUGCAACCAUACAGAAAAACCGGAAGUCAUAAAAUGUUAUGGCUACAUUUUUGAUGAAGAAACUAAAGGUCAAACAAUAGUCAGUCAGUGGGACUUGGUUUGUGAUAAUUUGCCUUUGAGGUCAACUGCUCAAGUUGGUGUUGCUAUUGGAAAAUUCUUUGGAGCAUUUAUCUUUGGUCUUUUUGCUGACAGAUUCGGAAGAAAGAAGAUAUUUUGCUUUUCAUGCUUUCUGUAUAUGGUAGCUGGACCGGCUGGAGCCUUAGUUAAUGAUUAUUUAUUAUUUAUUAUUUUGAGGAUACUAGUCGGGGUUGCUGGCUCUGGGGUAUACGAAGCUGGUUAUACUAUAUUGUCAGAGUUAACGGUGAAACAUUACAGAGCAUACUUAGGCUGCCUUUAUAAUGUGUCAUACUCAGUAGGAUUAAUACUUCUUCCAUUGGCUGCCUAUUUCACCAAUAAUUGGCAGCAGUUACAGUUGGCUAUUUCUGUUCCUACAAUCUUCCUUUUAAUACAUUGUUGGUAUUUACCAGAAUCACCAAGGUGGUUAAUAACACGUGGUAAGCUAGAAAAGGCAUCAAUAAUUAUUGGUAGUAAGUGCUGCCUUGAUUUUGAAGGAAAUGCUCACCAUCAAAAAAUUGUUCAGGAUCAAAAUCAUCCUUGGUAUAAAAAAGUGAUCAUUUUCUUGAAAAAUUACUUUAUGCUUUUCUCAACAUUUGAACUGACAAAAAGAAUACUGAUUUGCUACUUAGGAUGGUUUGUUGGAAACUUAUACUACUAUGUUAUUGCACUUAAUGGAGCUAACUUUACCGUCAAUGAGUACCUAUAUGUUGGGCUCAAUGGAAUCUGUGAGGUUCCUGGCUAUACUAUUCUUCCUCUAGUCGUUCUUACAUAUUAUGGCCGUAGGAGUGCUGGAAUAGCACUAUUUACAGUUUCUGGUAUUGCUGUGCUGAUUAUAAUGUUUGUACCUCAAGGUUGGCCAGUGAUGAGUAUGGCUAUGAUCGGGAGACUUACAGUAUCAGCAGUGUUUUCAGUUAUUAUCCUUCAGACCUCAGAGCUAUUUCCUACUGAACAUCGAAAUACUGCAGUUGGCAGCAGCCUCACUGUUGCACAAUUUGGUACAAUGGCCGCGCCAUAUAUAGUUGAUAUAUUGGGAAAGAAAAUUUGGUGGAUUCCUACAACGCUAUGUGGUGUCCUUUCUCUCUUAUGUGCAUUUGUCUUAUUUUUUAUACCAGAGACUAGAGAUACUCCAAUGCUGGACACUCUUAGCGAGAUGAAUCAGGGAAAAGAGUCUCAUACCAAUGAUACCGAAUCGGCUAGCUGA